AUGGCGUCAGAGGUGGGCAGCAUAGGAAGAGGACAUUCCUGCUCUGCAGCAGCCAGGAUGCAUCUGAGGGCAGUUCUGACAGGCUUUGCAGUCCUGGUGCUGCUCCAGUGCUGCUCCACGUACAAACUGGUUUGCUACUACACCAGCUGGUCCCAGUACCGGGAAGGCAACGCCCAGUGCUUCCCAGAUGCCAUCGAUCCCUUUCUCUGCACACACGUCAUCUACAGCUUUGCCAACAUAAGUAACAAUGAGAUUGACACCUGGGAGUGGAAUGACGUAACGCUCUAUGACACCCUCAACUCGCUCAAGAAAAGCAACCCCAACCUGAAGACCCUGCUGUCUGUUGGAGGAUGGAACUUUGGCUCUCAGAGAUUUUCCCAAAUCGCCUCCAACACCCAGAGUCGUAGGACCUUCAUCAAGUCUGUGCCAUCGUAUCUUCGGACCCACGGCUUUGAUGGGUUGGACCUGGCCUGGCUCUACCCUGGACGGAGAGACAAGCGGCAUUUCACCACCCUGGUCAAGGAAAUGAAAGCUGAAUUUGCAAAUGAAGCAGCACAGUCAGGAACAGACCAGCUCCUGCUCAGUGCCGCAGUGUCUGCUGGGAAGGUCGCCCUUGACAGUGGCUAUGACAUCCGCCAGAUAGCCCAACACCUAGAUUUCAUCAACCUCAUGACCUACGACUUCCACGGAGCCUGGCGUCAGACCACAGGACAUCACAGUCCCUUGUUCAAAGGCCAGGAGGACGCGAGUCCUGACAGAUUCAGCAACACUGACUACGCUGUGGGGUACACAUUGAGACUGGGGGCCCCAGCGAAUAAGCUGGUCAUGGGCAUCCCCACCUUCGGGAAGAGCUUCACCCUGGCCUCUUCCAGUUCGGGGAUUGGAGCUCCCACGUCAGGGCCAGGCAUAGCAGGCCCCUUCACCAAGGAGGAAGGCACGCUGGCCUACUACGAGAUCUGUGAAUUCCUUCAAGAAGCCACAGUCAGAAGACUCCUUGGCCAGCAGGUCCCCUAUGCCACCAAGGGUAACCAGUGGGUCGGCUAUGAUGACCAGGAAAGCGUUAAAAGAAAGGUGGAGUACCUGAAGACGAGGCAGCUGGCGGGCGCCAUGGUGUGGGCCCUGGACCUGGAUGACUUCCGGGGCUCUUUCUGUGGCAAGAAUCAGCGCUUCCCUCUCACAGGCACCAUCAAGGAUACACUCCGUGCAGCCUAG